GGAAGGUUCCUACACCUGAAAAAGCAGACUACCCAAAAACCACAUCCAUGAGUGUGCUAUCGAGCCAUUUCUUGAGGACUUUCAUGAAGCUCACACAAAUGUAUCCCACGUCGAAUCCAUCCACUCGCUACUUCGUCCGCUACUUGACCUGUGUAGAUGAAAUAAUAUUGCGCAUAUCAAGCCGUAACAAUGCUAGACUAACGAUUAGUUCAUGUGCCGGCAGGCAUGAACCGCUCCUAAAAAAUAUCUCAUUCAAUGCUGAGUUAUUGUCCAAUGCCUUUAAUGCUAGCAGCAAAGUUUCAAUAUACUCUCGUAAAAAUAUUUUUAUGGAUUUCUUGAUUGAAAUAGAAAAAUUGGAAAUUCAAUCUAUUCAGUAUAUGUGUGGAUUAAAAUCUAUG